AUGGCAGGUCGGAUUCAGGAGCCACUGGGCAUUGCACCUCAUGCCCUCGCGACCCUGGUGUCAGGCCUAGAACGAGCAACUUGGAAGCCAAGUGAUCUGAAAGGAGUGUCGACACUAUGCAACCCGGGAAUCGAUCUUGUGCGGUCCAGCGCGGCUUUGUGGAACGGUUUGGUCGGAAACAAAAAGAUACGUCGCGAAGAAGAUUCUGGCAACCUCCUGCGAGCAGAAGGAUUCUGCUGUUUGACGAUCUCCAGAACGACCCAUAUUGUCCCACUGACUAUCUCCGGACAACCGCCAAUGAUUGACAACGUUGCGCUUGAGACGGGUACCAUCACCCACAUUGAAAAGGGGAAAAUUGUGAUAGAUGCCGGAACGACAGUCCUUUUCGCUAUCUUAUCCGAAUACACCGGCCAGGUCAUGAUUACGAAUGGAUCAAAUCCAGCUGCAAAGUAA